AAUUAAGAGCAAUAAUCAAUUUAACUAAUUUCUAUUAAAUUCAUUCUUUUCCAAUAUAAAUAAUACUCAGAAUAUUUACGAUUGAAUUAUUAAUUAAUGAACAUGUUUGGUAACUCUGCAUUGCUAGGUCCUGGUCCAUAAUCUCCUCCAUAAAGCAGCAACUUGUCCCAAUUUUCUCUUUAAGAUGACUUUAAUUCUAAUAAAUUAAGUGGCAAAAAAUAUUUAAAUAGCUUUGGGGCAAGUAAAGAUAUGUCAUUUAGCAAAUAAUAUGAUGAAAAUGAAGGAGCAGGAUCAAGUUUUAUGAGGAGAAAUAAUAACUUUAGCUAAGAUGAUAAAAGACUUGAUUCGUAGUUUAAUGUAUUUGUCCAAAACUACUCUCAAGAUAGAAAAAGUUAGGAUAUGCAACCAAUUAAAUAAAAAUAAAAUAAAAAUAUUGCAAAUUAAAGUGGUGAUUAUGGGGGAAUUCUCUAAUUUGGAAGCGACUUUAGUAAUGCAUCUUUUUAAAGCAAAAAACAUAAUUAGUAAAAAUAGAAUAAAAUCCAAAAUGCUGUAGAAGAGGACAAUAGCAUUUCAAAUUCACCUCGCUAACUCUCACCAGGCCAUUAAAUGAUGCUAAAAAAAUCAUUGGAAUAUUUAACACCUAAUAUAAUAGAUUAAGGUUUAAAGUAAUUAAGAUAGAUGAAUGAAGUAACUUAAAGUAGACCACUUGCUUCUGCUUCGAUUAUUUACAAUCACUGCAUAGAUGAAGAAGAAAUAGUCAAUAAUAUAAAGGGUUUAGCAAGAGAGCUCAAAAACAUAGGUGCUAUCGAAAAAGAAUUAUAAAUCGAAUACAAUGAAAAAAUGAAGGAUAAAACUGAAGUAACUGAGAAAAAGAAACAAAAUUAUGAAAUAUUUACUAGGUUAUACAAAGAUGCUGAAGAGAAGCUAGAAAAAUAAAAACAUUAUCAGUUGGAAGCAGAGCGUUAGAUUGAAAAAAUGACUAAUUUAAGUGCAGUAAAUAAAAAAUCAGAGCACAUUUUAAAAGAAAAGAGCAAUUAUGUGAAAAUUCAAGACAGAGUUGAUCAAAUUAUUAAGUAAAAGAGAACUAAAAUAGACUAAGCACAUUUAUUAAUAAGAGCUGAAGAAAACUAAUAAAUAAAGCAGAACUCAUUAUAAAAGAGAAGUUAAGUUAAUUUAUUAAAUUAAAACAUGCAAAACCUUGCUUUAGACUAUUCUUAAUCUACAGAAAAUAAUUUUACAGUAAAUUCUAAUAUUUAUAAAGCUUAAGAUAAAGAUAAGAGCUUUUCCUUAAGCCAAGCUGAAAUAAACGCUAAUAACAACUAAGAAUAUGGUAAUAAAGGAUAUACUAAAAGAUAAUUAGAAGAAUUUAUCAAUAGAAAUGAAAGAAAAAAAUAAAUAGUACAUGAGUAAAUAUUAGAAAAAAAACUGUAGAAAGAAUAAAAAGAGCUGUAAAGUGCAACAUUUCAUCCUAAAAUCAAUAAAAAAUCAGAAUAAAUAGCUCAAGCCAGUUGGGAACCAAUAGAAGAAAGAGUAGAGAAGAUGUAAGAGAAAAUAAUUGAAAAGAGAAGAAAAUAAUGCGAAAGCGAGUAUUCAAAAUAUAGCUACUCUCCUUUAAUCAAUAGAAAAUCCUCUUAAAUUGCAACUAAGUUAAAUAGAACUCCAUUAAAUAAAUCUUACAAUAAUCUUAACAGAAGCCUAACUCCAUUUAAUAAAUCAUUAAAUUAAACUUAGGAUUUAUCUACCUCGAGAAAUUAAAACCCUUCUUCUAAAAAUAUCAGUUAAAGACCUUAAACAGCUUUUGAAAAAAGCAAAAAUUUACUGAGUACAACAUAGAUAAAAUAAAUAAUUCAAAAAAAUGAUAGCUAAUUAAAUAUAACUUCUUUUAACAGGAAUGACUCAAGUAAUAAAAUGAAAUAGAAUCAAAUCUAAGGUAAAUCUAGCUAAACAGUAGCUAGCGAUAAUGUAAGCCUCCCUUCAAGAUAAGAAAAAGUCAAUUUAAAUGAAUUACAGAAAGAAGACUAUUUCUAAAAUUUUACUUAACAAUAUGCCUUAUAAAAAGACUAAUCAGCAAAAUUAAAUCGCUAAAAUAGCCAGUUAUCAGGAAAUUCUAAGCCAUCAUCAAUAAACUAAGUAAUCGAAAAACAAUAAGAUUAAAUAAAAUAGAAUCCUAUCAUCUAAUAGUUUUAAAAUAAAUAAAGAUCAAUAUCCCAGAUUACUGCUAAUUAAUAAAAUGAAGCAAAAUCACCAGUAACCAUAAAUAAAACAGCUAAUAACUAAUAAGCCAAAUCUAUUCCUUUAAAUAAAGAUAAUAAAUUUCUUCUCAACAUGUUAAAUAAAUAUAAAUGA